AUGACAAUUAAAGAAAGCUCCAAGGAAGGAAUUCAACAAGAGAUGGAGAAUUAUAACAAGCUUUAUUUACAACAAUUGGACCCAUUCAUCAAGGUACAUUUUCAAUCUUCAUUAAAAGGAACUGAAUUAUCAAAAACCUUAAUCAAACAUUUUGAUCAAUUCAAUGUUCAUGGAAAGGUAUGGGACAAUUCAAUUAUUAGAAAUAGACUUUCAAGUGAUAAAUUUAUUAUUCAAAUAGAAACUGGAGAUCAGGUAUCCUUUCCUGAAAAACAAUCCAAGAUUCAACAACCUCAUUCUAUCUUAUCUCCAUUUAAUGAAAAUUCCACACUUUUCCCCAAUGGAAUAUUGGACCAUUUAUGGUUUGAUAAAUAUAUUAAUAUUGUUCCUUUCAAUUUGAUUUAUAUAUGUGAGCUUGGAGAAGUUGAAGAUACACCCCAAUUUGUCAGGUUUAUAAAUGAUCUAAACGCACAGUUGAAUUCAAUGGGGACAAAUUUAACAGUUAUUGUCUGUUCUGAAGAUUUACCCGAAGAUACCAGAUUACAAUCAUUACGACAAGCAACGGGGUUGACUACUACUAGUACUGGGAUAAUCUAUUUACAAAACCAAAAAGUCACAUUGGAGAGAGAUAUAGAAAUGCUUGUAUCUUCAUUAUUACCAAGUUUGAAGAAUGUAGCUCAUAAUUUUUAUACCAAUAUUGAACGUAAAAUAGAUCAAAGAAAUAAGAAAUAUUAUUCAUUUCCAACUUCAAUUGAUAAUGUUGAUACAUCAAUUGAAUUAACUCCUAAAUUUUUAGAAACUAGAAAUAUCCUUAAACGAGCAAUUAUGUUUGAAUUUAUUAAUCCUCAUAAUUUAGAAGAACCAACAAGGCUUUUAGAAAUCAGCUAUCAAAAUCUAAGUAUCAUAUUAAAUACUUGUUAUAACAACAAUCUUUCCGAUCAUGAUAGAAAUACAAUUGGUCAAUUUAGGAUCUUAUUAGAUGUGAUAACAUUCCAUAUUGUUCGAAGCUAUUUAUCUGCCGAAGAACCAUUACGGGCUUUAAAAAUACAUAAAUCUCAUAUCACCAAUAUCGCAGGAAUAAUAGGAUUAGAUAAAAAUUGGAUAUGUACACAAUAUGAAUGGUUGGCUGAAUUAAUGAAAUUAAUCCCAGCAUCGAUUUUAUCCGAUUUAUCAAAUCUGACAAUUGUGAAACAGCAAGAUCAUUACAAUCGGAAUCGUGGGACAAUGGUUGCAUUUUUUGGAGGGAUUCAAUUACCGGAGUUUGAUGUGAUUACAAAUCCGGGUUUGAUUUAUUUAAAAGCAUAUGGAUAUAUUGAAUCAUCUGAUCGAUUAAGAAAGAUUAAGAAUUUAGAAGCGGCGCUUGAGGAAUUAGAUAAAGGGCAUUCCAUGAUUCCGCCAGGAGCACAUGGACUGGUUGAUGAAGGUGGUGAUGAGAUUUCUUCACUUGUACUGUAUGUUAAUUGGUUACUCGGAGAAGAAUAUUUUGCAAGAGGGAAUGAUGGAGAUAUUUUGAAAGCAAGUGAAUAUUAUGAAAUUGCGUAUAGUAUCAUUGGCCCAUCUGAAUGGCCAGAGAUAUCUUGGUUAAUCUUACUGAGGUUGGUUCAAUGUUAUUCGGCUUGUAAGAAUAAAAAGCAAGAAUUGAUUACUAUGUUAAGGUUAUCACUCAUUUCACAAAAAAGUAGAUAUGCUCCUUCUAGAGGGAUUGUUUCUAUUUCGAAAGAUAUAUUUUCUGAAAAGGAAAUUGAAUUGGAUAUAAUUGAACCCAAUUUCCCAGAUUUAUUCGAUAUUGAUAUCCUAUUGGUGAAUGAUUUACUUAAACAUGAAACUAGUGUUCAUGAUAAAUGUACUUUACAAGUUUGUAUAAAAUCUUUAGUGAACAAGCAAACUUUGAAAUCAAUUCUUGGGACAGAAGAUGAUGAUGGUAAUAUUGAUAUAAAAGUUAUAAUCAAUCAAAUGGAUGUUCAUUAUACAAGAAAUGAUGCCCGAUCAAAUAAGAUUGGAUUCAAGGGAGUUUCAAUCACCAAUGAUUCAAGAAAACCCAUAAUUGAUAUUUAUUCAAUUAAAGGACAAGAAUUGGAACAUACAUUUGUUGAUUCAAUAAAUUUAGAAUUUCAAGACACGUAUGAAACUAAAACAAUCCAACAUUCACAACAUGCCACCACAUCAGGAUUAUUUCAAGUUGAUUCAAUCAAGUUACAAAUUUCAAUCCAUUUGAUUACCAACACUAAUAUCAUUCGUUUAAAUAAGAUAGAAUUGCAUAAUUCAUUUAAUUCUUCCUAUCAUCAUGGGAAAUUUUAUAUAGAUGGUAGAAGGAAAUUCAAACAAGUUAGAUUAAAUGGACCAAGUCAUAGUAUAAGAGUAUACCCGGUCCGACCAGAUAUAUGUGUCACCUUAAUAACUCCUGAGAUUAAUUGUUUUAUUUCUGGAGAAAAAUUGGCAAUUCCAUUAAGGAUAGAAUAUAAGAAUAAACAAUUUAAUAAACGAGCUCAAUUGAUAGCAAAAGUGAAAGGAGGGGGGAAUAGUGACAAUAUGCAAGUCAAUUGGGAUGGAUUGAAGGAUGAUGAACCGUUAGAUCUCUUGACCAUUGAAGGUGAUGAGCAUGUGUUAUAUGUGUUUGCCAGAGAUACUACUGAUAGUUUACUUACGAUUGAUAUUCAGACGGCUGUUUACGAAGAAGAAGAAGAGCAAGAAGGCGAAGGAGAGGUUGUUGUUUAUGACACUGCGGUCUAUACAUUUCCGAUCUUGAAGAGUCCUUUUAAUUGUCGUUAUUCGAUUAAGCCAGCAUAUCGUGAUUGGAUGAAUGAUAUGCCGUCUCCAUUUAUAUUAACAUCUGCCACGGAGAGAAGUAUGCCAAUUGCGGUUCGGACAUGGCAGGGGAAGCUUGAGCUUAUUGAUCAGUUUGAGAGUAAUAAGUAUGGUGAAAGAUUGAUAGUUGAGGAUAUUGAAUUUAGUAUCCUGUCUAAGAAUGCAGAGGUAUUGGUUGAUUUGGCGUCGAAAGAAGAAGAAACGAAAGAUAUUUUUAGUCAGUUAUUUACAACAAAGAGUAAGAGUGGGUUUAGUCAUCGAAAUGUGAUUGUUGUGAAUUCUGCUAUUGUUAAUUGGAGAAGACAUGGGGAUUUAAAGACAAGCCCAAUUAAUACAUUUGUUACCCCAGAAUGGGAAAUACCCUUACCAUUAUCUGAGCCUCGGCUUUUGUUCAGAAUAGAACCAGAAGAAGAAAAGGGUAUAGCUAAACUUCAAUAUAUUUUGGAGAAUCCAACUCCAAGGAUAUUUAAUUUUACGACACAAAUGGUUGGAUUAGAAGGUUGGUCAUUUGAAGAUGAGAGGAAUUCUAUUCCAUUGAAACAAAAUCCAUUUCCUGUAUUACCAUUUAGUAGACAUAUAAUGGAUUUUUAUGGGAAAUUUGAUUCAAAAAAUGAUAGAAUUAGAUUACCUCAAUUUAAAUGUUUUGAUGUUCAAUAUAAAGUCGGAUUACCUACAUUAGCAAUAAUGAAUAAUAUCAUUCUACAAAAUGAUAAUUUAUAUUGGUAUAUUUGA